AUGUUCUGGAAAAUUCGUAAUUCCUCCGCUGUGUUGUGCGUGGUCAGUAUUGUCAUCUGUGUGAUGCUGCUAUGUCUCCAUACCCCAUCUGUAGAUGCCAAACCCUACGAUUUAUAUGAUGAUGUUUCGGAGCUAUUUGAGGCAAUGUCUUUAGAUGAUGUACCCGGUGCCAAGGAAGCUGAAAGACGUGAACCUAAAGACUUCUGCCGUAUGCCAGCCCGCAAGGGUGUGUGUCGUGCCCUGAUACCACGCUGGAGUUAUGAUGCCCAGAAAAAAGAUUGCGUGGAAUUUAAAUUUGGCGGCUGUGAUGGUAAUGACAAUAAUUUCCCCAGCUACAAGUCAUGUAUGGCCACCUGUCAGGGCAUGUAAGG